UCCACCAUCGCCCCGCCCCGCCCCGCCCCGCCGGACUGCGCACGCGCCGCACAGACACCGGAAGGCAGGUGCUGUUGCGCAACGGGCAGUCGGGCACGUGGGGGAACCGGCUCCGUACAACUCUCGCUAAAAUCAAAAAUGGCCAAGAGUUUGAGGAGUAAAUGGAAGAGAAAGAUGCGCGCUGAGAAAAGGAAGAAGAACGCGCCGAAGGAACUCAGCCGAUUAAAAAACAUCCUGAAAGCAAAUGCUGAUGUUGUAAUGGAGGAGGUUAAAGAAAUAGCCACGGUGAUCACCCCCGAGAAAGUCAAAGAUCAAGGGGACGAAGUUAAGAUGGACACACAGAUUAAAAGAAACAAAAAGAAUCUUUUAGACCAAUAUGGACAGUACCCAGUAUGGAUGAAUCCCAGACAGAGGAAGAAGCUUAAGGCAAAACGUGUUAAAGGAAAAAACAAAUCCAAAGUGGCCAAAGGAUUAGCAUGGUAGCUUUGAAGAAAUUUGAAGGGUGGAAAAGAGACUAUGUAGGCCACCAAAGGUUAAGAGUAUGUGAUCAGGCUGGGUCCAGCUACCAAGUGUAAAUUAUCAUUAAGUCUGGAGACUCUAUUAGAUCAGAAAUUGAUGAAAGGGACAUCAAUUUUAUAUCUAGUUAAUUUUAAAAGAAAAUGAGUUAAGUGUUUCGCCUGCUUUUGAGUCCCCUGACCAAUAUUUGUGGUUAUGCAUUUUAAAAUAUUUUUCUCACUUGUUGCUGUGGUGUUCUUGAACCCAGGAACAACUGGAAAAACCAUGGAACCAACUAUGCACUAUAGGAGGUAAAAUAUUUUUAGACAGAAGCAUGUUCUGUAAAUUGACAGUAUCCCUUUAAUUUUCCUGUAGAAAUUCUUUUUUUGGAGUUCUGAUGUUUGUUUUAAUACUGAACUAUUAAAUUAUGAAAACAUAUUAUGUGACUUUAUAUAGACAUUAUAAACUGAAAUUUGGUUCAAAUCAAAACAUAGAAAACCCAAACAAAUAAAAAUAUUGUUAGUGAUUAUUUUUUAAAAUUCCAAUAGAAAUGGUUAUUUUUAAAUAAACAAACCUUGUGUUACAGUGUUUGCAACCCAAACAUUACAGCACUGAGAAAUUGAAAGUAAAAUAGACUUAAUGGAUUUUCAUUGUCCAUCUGAAAGAAUGCAAAGGCAUAAACAGUAAAAAAAACAAAAACAAAAAAACCCCAUAAACUUUAAACAUUUUUGGAACAGUUGUAAUAUAGGUAAAUAAACAUGUUGGCAAUACACGUGUGAUUCUUUUUAAAGUAGACAAAUAUCUCCUUAAUUUGAUAUUCCUAUAUCAUAGUUUACAGAGUAGACACAAGAUCCCAAAUAUCGUGUGAUUACAAAGCAAAUGCUACAUCCAGUUACACAUUACAUAUUAAUCGACAGUAGUACAUAAUGACAGAUAUGAGAAUGUUACCCUGUACCUUUAUGUUUUUAAGAAAGGCUCUUGUUUAAAAAAAUGGAUAUAAUUAAGAUCCCACUCGUGCAAUAUGUUGCCCAUUGAAGGAUCUUUUACCCACAGAUCCCCACCCAUGUAAAGUGUAUUUCAGGACUGGGACCUAAGUAUUCUGAUUGCCCAAUGGUUACAUAUCGGUAUGUGUAAUAUGUGGUAACUGUGCAACACAAAGGGAAUAAGAUUUAUGCUUUUUAAAGGAAAGAGAUACCAGUUUAAGAUACUAUGUUAAAAACAAACAAAUGUUGGGCAGCUUGGUGUUGUCAUUACUUAAGAAAUUUUUCUAGAUUCCAAGAGAAAUUUUUGUUAUUAAUGAGUUGUGGGAGGAGGGAUUUCUUUUGCUUUUCAGUGCUCAAGUAAAAUCAGGUGAAAAGGUCCUGCAGGAUAGAACACUAAAUAGACAGAAGUUAUUAGGAGGCAAUAAGGGAAAUGUAUGCAUAAAAUCUAUUUUGAAUAUUGUCACGUUUCAGAGUAACAGCCGUGUUAGUCUGUAUUCGCAAAAAAAAAAAAAAGGAGUACUUGUGGCACCUUAGAGACUAACCAAUUUAUUUGAGCAUAAGCGUUCGUGAGCUACAGCUCACUUCAUCGGAUGCAUACUGUGGAAAGUGUAGAAGAUCUUUUUAUACACAAGUAUAAAUGGGGGGAGAGAAAACCUUUUGUAGUGGUAAACACCCAUUUUUUCAUGCUUUGUGUGUAUAAAAAGAUCUACGCUUUCCACAGUAUGCAUCCGAUGAAGUGAGCUGUAGCUCACGAAAGCUUAUGCUCAAAUAAAUUGGUUAGUCUCUAAGGUGCCACAAGUACUCCUUUUCUUUUUUGAAUAUUGUGUAUUUGUCUGUUUCCUAUAAUGAGACUUCAAAUUUGACCUGGUUACUUAAGUAGAUUAAGGUAUAAACUUACCCAAAAUUGUACAGUUAAUAUACAGUAUCCAUCUGCUGAUUUCAUUACAGCUGUCAUACUG